CCACCAUUUUUCGUUUCGACAUUCAAGUCACGUUGCUAUAAAAAAGGUUCACCUCUUGGCUUAAGGCAUCAGUCCGAUACCUGACUUAAAAAUACACACAACCUGUACCAGCAUCAUGAAGUUUUUCAUCCUGACCGCCCUCUUCGCCAUUGCUGCCGCCAAUUCCUACAAGACGGCCGCCAAAUACGAAGAAGUCACUCACGGUCCGCAGCCGUACAGCUUCGGUUACGACGUCAAAGAUAAGGAAACGUACACAGAUUUCGAUCACGCCGAGCAAGCUGAUGGCCGAGUGACCAGCGGAUCUUACCGCGUCGAGCUCCCUGACGGCCGCACCCAGUUCGUGUCGUACAAGGCCGACGAGAACGGCAACGUCGCCGAUGUCAAGUACGAAGGAGAGGCCCAGUAUCCCGAGUACAAGGCCCCCGCCUACGCCAAAGCUAGUCCCUACACGCCGGCUUACACUUCUCCAGUCUACAACGCUCCAGCUUAUGCCGGCCUUAGCUUCCCCCAAUACAAAACGCCCAGCACUUAUCCCGCCUAUCCCAAACUGUAAAUAACCCCAAAUUUCCUAUCAUUUUUUUUUUUUAAUCUCCUGAUUAUUUAUUGACUGUCACAAGGCGUUGACGGCCACACUUACAAUUAUGGUCGAUUGUUUUGAUGACGCAAUUCGCAAAUGUAAAUUAUUAUUCCUACAGAGUACACGUGUCUAAAAGGUGCUGUUCAUAAACGACGCCAUUACA